CUUAUAUGAUUAGCAUAUCUACAUAUAGUUAACUGUGAUUGGUCAAUUCCACUUUCUAUUCUCGGUUUACACUUCGAUAGACUGUGUUGCCGGAACUAUUUUUGUAACUAAUGUAAACAAUAUGGCGGCUCUAAAUCGCGAACGCUAAUCGUGUAAAUAUAACCGGGCUUGUAUAAAUUUAUAUUUUUUAGUGGUUGUAAAAAUUAAAUAAAAUGGAGUUCAUAAUUAUAGCUGUAAAUCAUUUAUUUAAUUGGUAAAAAAUACGGAAAUCACAUGACCUUCCAUUCAUCUGAAAAAAUCGUCUGCUAAAAUUCUGUAAAAAAUGGAGCUUGAUGCUGAUUUUGACACAUCUACGUUGCCAGAUGUUCCAAUAACUUUUGAAUUACAACUGCCAGAACACAUUGAUGCUGAUGAAGUUGUUGACCUUUUCGAAAUUAUACACCAAGAAGUUGAAGGCUUUGACGAAAUGCUGCUUCAUGCUGUAACAAGCAUCAACAAUGACCAAACAGUUACAGAAACACUAACAAGCACAACUUUUGCUGAAACAGUUGAUGUCCAGGUACAACAACAUCACCAAGAACCUGCACUAAUACAGGAUUCAAAAAAUACAUCUAACUCCAGACGUUUCAAAAAUCUAGACACAGACACUCUGCUUGAAAUAGAGCAAAAUCAGUACAGUGCCUCAACAAAAAAGAACACAAAGUGGGGAGUUGGAGUCUUUAAUGCUUGGUGUUCUGAAAGACUCGCAAGUACUGUGGACUUUCAAACUGUGUCUGUUAUCAGUCUGAACAGCAGUUUGAGGCAAUUUUAUGCUGAGGCUCAACCUCAAAACAUAUCCAAAAGGGCUUUAAAAAUGCCAGAAGAGCAAGCUCAGGAAUAUCACAAAAAUUCAUUAAAAAAUGUACGUGCUGCUAUAAACAGACAUCUUAAAGAUAUUGGCCGUAGCAUUGACAUUGUCCGUGACACAGAUUUUAAAUCAGCAAAUUCUAUGUUGAGUGCCAAGCUCAAAUUUAAUUUGCGCAAUGGUUUAUCAAGACCUACACAACACCACCCUACUAUAUCAACUCCUGAAUUGAUGAAAAUUAACACCUACCUUAUGAGAAAAGAGGACCCUGUUGCACUCCGUUUCAGAGUAUGGUACCUUUUAGGAAUUCAUUUCGUCAGCCGUGGGGUAGAAUUCCAUCAUCAGUUGAAUAUAAGUUCUUUCAAAUUUGAACAUGAUGAAAGGAGAUCUGAAUUCCUGUCAAUUUCGCACGAGACACACCAAAAAAAACACCAGGGUGGACUAGAUGAUGCAACAGAAGAAACGCAAGAUAAGAGAAUGUAUGCCGUACCCAAUUCUCCAUCCUGUCCUCUUACUACGAUUAAGCACUUUCUAUCAAAGUGUGAUCCAGCCGCCAAAUCAUUGUUCAAUCAAUGCUGCCGAGAAGCCUUACGCUGUCCAUCAAUGUACAAAACAUGGUAUAAUGUAACGCCUGUGAAAGUUAAAAACGUCUCUGCUUUAAUGCCCGACAUAUGUAAAAAUGCUGGUGUCAAACGUUACACAGGGCAUUCACUCAGAUCUACAGCUAUUACAGCCAUGAGUGAUGCUGGUUUAACGGAUAGGAGCAUCAUGUUUAUGUCGGACCAUAAAUGUGAGGAAAGUCUGAAAUCAUAUUGCAGAAGACCAAGCACCGUUCAGAAGUACAAAAUUAGUUCGGUGUUAGACAAUGUAGCAACGGGUAAUUCUUCGUCAUCAGCAGCACUUGUACCAGUUGCCCCUUCUACUUCUACCGCCAUUUCUCCAAUUCAAACCAAUGUCACAGACACAGAAACUGGACAUUCUGUACUUACCGAACGAACUCCACUCCGCUCUUUCGAUAUGCCAAAUCAGAACGUUCUAGUAAAGAGUCAGUCCAAUCUUCAAAACCACAAAAUGUCUGGAUUUGCAGCAAAUUCUGUAUUUCACAACUGUAGUUUCAAUUUCAGCUAACAUGUAACACUUUUGAGCUGUGUAGUUGUGUAGCGUGUGUACACGUUGAUGGCGCGGCUUAAAAAUCCGGAUUAUUUGACUCUUGACUGUAGACAUUCAGUUAUUUACAUUGAACGUUUUUGUUGUUCUAUUAUUUUUUCUUUAUGUGUUUUAAAACAAAAUUAUUUAGCAGAAUGUGUUGUUAAUUCUUACUUUUUUGUCUUUUACGAGAAUAAGUGAUGACCUACAUUAGCUUCCCUGUGUGUCGAUUUCACUCUGAUAUAUUCAUGCGCAUUGCCCAUAUAUGGAACGCUAGUGCUCCACAAAAGGAAAAAAACUUAUAAAAAAAAAUAUUACAAACAACGACUAUCUAAAUUUGAAUUAAGAAUUAUAAGGAUUAAACACAUUUUUUCUAGAG